UCGCUUGCGACGUUACCAAACAUCAACAGAGAGUUUAUUAUUUUGAAUGUGCGGAAUGGUUUGAUGGCAUUAUUUCCAUUUUUGUGUAUCAUAAACUGGACAUAUAUUAGAUAGAGAUAUUGUCUGUGGUGAGAAUGCCUCCAAAGUUACAGCUUGACAAGGCUGCCUGGCAGUGGGCAGAUAUAACCGACCCACACAAUGUCACACAGGAACAUGUCAACAUGGCCUACAGGCUCAACCUGAAGCCUUGCUCACAGGGAGCAUGCAAGAGGAACUGUAGGGGAAACCCAUUUUGUUUGAAUGCAUUAGGAGAAAAGUCUUGGUUUGCCAAGCUGGAUGAGAGAAAAUGGCAUGACUUUGACCCCCAGACAGAGAGGCGGCAAAAGGGUUCUUAUGUGGGGUUGAAGAAUCUUGGUGCAACCUGCUAUGUGAAUACCUUCCUACAGCUGUGGUUUCACAACCUCCCUGUGAGGAGAGCUCUGUACCAGUGGAGGGAAACUCACAUGCCGGAUGUGUUGAGUGAUGAUUGGACUCCCUCAACAAUCUGUGGACAUCUUCAAGUCAUCUUUGCCCUGCUUCAGUACAGUAUUAGAAGAUACAUUGAUCCAAGUUCGUUCAUCAACCACCUGGGCCUGGACGCUGGUCAGCAACAGGAUGCCCAGGAGUUCUCCAAACUGUUCCUGUCCCUGCUAGAGGAUGCCAUGUCUGCCCAGGCUGCUCACGGCAGCUCCAACAUCGUGCAGCAACAGUUCCGCGGGGAGUACUGCUACGUCACAAGGUGCAAGAACUGUGGCAAUGAGUCAAGAACGGGGUCAAUGUUCUAUGAGCUGGACUUGAACAUCAAGGGACACAAGUUAUUAAAAGAGUGCAUUGAGGAUUUUCUCAAGGAAGAGAAGCUGGAGGGAGAGAACCAGUACAUGUGUGAAUCCUGCGAGAGCAAACAGAACGCCACCAGGGCCAUCAAUCUGCAGUCCCUGCCUCCAGUCCUCAACAUCCAGCUGCUUAGAUUUGUGUUUGACAAAAACACUGGGCACAAGAAGAAGAUCAACAGUUUUGUUCAGUUCCCUGAAGUUCUAGAUAUGAGCAAGUAUCUUCGUAAGCCAGAGAACACCGCUGUGUACGACCUGACUGCAGUGUUGAUACACCGAGGCCCCAGCGCCUACAGCGGCCACUACGUAGCCCACAUCAGGAAAGGACAGCAGCAUCCGUGGUACAAGUUUAAUGAUGAGGACAUCGAAGAGAUGAAGGGGCGGAACCUGCACCUGGGGUCAGAGGAAGAGAUCCAGGAGAACUCCAAGGAAAAGAAAGGGAGAGUAGCUAAAGGUUGCCACUCUUCCAAGAAUGCCUAUAUGUUGGUGUACACGAGGCAAGGCACACAGGCAGAAGCUACCCCGGAGGAGUGCAGCAGCCUGGAGGGCCUCCUUCCCCCUGGGGUGCAGCAAUACGUCCUCCGAGAUAAUGACAAGUUUGAAGAGUGGAUCACAGACUUGAUCACAGCCAGGGAAACUAAAAUUCUGAGUGGGAAAUGUGAACAAGAAGAAGUCAGGGAGAAGUACCUGGCUCUGUUUUAUGAACCAGGCUGUGACUUUGAGUGGCUGAGCAUCGAUUGGAUCAGCAAGUGGCUGGCUGAUCCAGCAAAAGUUCCGAAAGUCAAGAAUCUGCAAUAUUUAUGUCAGCACCAAAAACUAGAUCCUGAUGUUGUGCCCAAGCUAAAGUGUGUCCGAUCUCAAGGGGCAGCACGAGUGAUAGAGAAACACAAGCCUGACGUGAGGCUGCAGGGGGAGCAGACUUUGUGCUGGAAGUGCGUGCGGAAUCGGUGUCAUGUGACAAGGAUGAAGCAGCAGAUGGUGAAUGAUGAAAAAGCUGUCAACAUGGUCUCCAAGUUUACAUAUGAUAGUGAGCUGUGCUACUGGGUGGGGAGGUCAUCACUGAGGAGCUGGAAGAAACUGGCUCUCUCCACCUUCCAUCAAGAUACGCAGCAGGCUACGGACAAGGUUGUGGAUGAGGGAGGGGAAGAAGAUGGUGAUGAACCAGAAGAGAAGCCAGGUGAUAUGGGAGGAGACAAGCCAGGUGGUGAAGGACAGGAGAAGCCGUCACGUGACUUGGGAGAUAAUGGGGAACAAGAUGACGAUGACCAGAAGUGUGAACUUCAGUUUAACACAGACCUGCUGUGUGAUCACAGUUGUCUCAAUCCUGACAAAAGUUGUCGUCGGCUGAUCCCUGAAGAAAUAUGGCAGCGAUUGAAGACCUAUUUUCCAACAUGUCCGCAAUACCGGAGAGACGAUGCUGUGUGUGAGAAAUGCCUGCGACGACAGCAGAGGAGGAGCACACCAAGGGUGUGUACCGACAGAGCGCUCUUACACAGAAGUCAGUGCUGGCUGACCUCUUUGCUGGGAGGAACCGGGCCCAAGUUGGAUGUGAACCAGCAGGUGAAUGUGGUCAGUGCAGUGUUCCUUGAAGAGUGGAGGAAGUUCAUCAAGGACAAUGGUAGACGGGAGCCUGUCACAUCUAUCGCUAACACUCUUCUCCUGUGCGAGCAUGGCGGCCUCCUCUUCCCACCAACACUCAAUGGCCAUGGUGAACUUCAGGACUGUGUUAGUUUGCUGUGGCCAUCAGAGUGGGCGAUGUUGAUACAGCACAUGGGCUUCGAUGUUGAGGUCACUGCCGUUCAGCUUGAGGAGACUGAUGGAUCCAGAUGCCUUGUUACAUUUCCAGAAAUCUGCCAGGACUGUCUGUCUCAUAGAUUAGCAACAGAAGAAUCUAACCGGUUUAUCUUCAAGGACUCUGUUGUGUAUGUCCGAAAGAUAGCCCAAGAGAAGAAGAAUGGUGUGGGCCCGGCACCACUGGAGAAGGUCAUGCCGAAAGGCUUGGGAAAUGGAGAGAACAGUAACUUGGAGAGGGCUGAGGACCCCGACUAUCUUCAGUCCCAGGCCAAGAAGAAGAAGUUGGAUGAAGAGUCACUGACAGAGAAGAUGAUGAAGAUGGAGGAGGUGGGAUCACUCAAGAGGAGGAGUCAGAGACAUCGGAAGACACGUGGAGAGAAAGAGGUGCUUGUCUCAUCUGAUCUGACCCUCAAAGACUUGAAAAUAAAGAUAAUGAAGCAGUUCUCCGUGCCACCAUUUGACCAGAACCUAUUUCUCGAUGGAGUGAACCUAAUCGAUGACUCCAGUACGCUACAAGAUCUGAAGGUAUCUCCUGGUGCUGUCAUCCUAUUGCAGGCUGACGAGCCAUCUGAAGAAGCAUAUCCCAUAGAGGAUAUAUAUAGAGGGUCAUCAAAACCAGAGAGAGGCUUCCAGGGAACCAACUUGCUGAGCACUUGAAAACAGACAUCUCAACACCACACACAUGGAAACAGACAAAGGGCAGAUAACCUCUCGUCUCAACUUUAAGAACUAUCCAGACAUUCGACUUUGAGUGUAUUGUAUUUGAACUGUCAGAAUUCAGCAAAACCGAUUAUCAUUUUCCAGGCUUGACAUACCGAAGACAAACAUUUUGUUCUGUGCUAGACUCAAGUUCGCCAAUGACAAGGUUGUGCUUCGGGAGUGACUUUGAAAAUCCCAUCCUAUUGUACAUACAAACUGACCACCUAACAGCAUAUGAUGUUGUGCCACAGCAAUAGACAAGGUCAUUCAGCAGACAGUGUAGCUUGGCUUUGUCAGUAUUAGAUAUGUCAAUAAAGAAACAUCUCCAGUG